AUCAACUCGUCAGGUCAAACAACAGCUUGAUUCAAAUGAUGUACCCGAUUGCUGACGGGCCCAAAUUUUGGGGCCCUCAUUUUAUUUUAUUUUUCAAUUACAAGACCAGACUGCUCUCACAAGAGUCUUUGCGACAUCUUUGUUGUUGCUGCCAGCUCUGCCAGGCCGACGAGUGCAGAGAGGGGGAGCCGCCGCUUCAGUUAGUCGCCGUGUUUUCACGGCCCCUUCGACCACGCCACGAACAAACGAACAACCAUUCGGCUUGGUUGGAUGCGCGCCGUGGCGCGGAGGACCACGUUAGGUUGAGAUUACAUCUAGCAUCAUGUACGACGUUAUACCUGGGCGCUCGGCAGGUUCGCACAUCUAUCAUUGUGGUGAUGGUUAUUUCUACCUGGUACGUGAAGUACGCCGUUAUCGGCGGAUUCGGUUGUAUUGCAGAAAAUACAGACAGAACUGCCAUGGUACAGCCUCCAUUUCUCUCCAAACUGGAGAGUUUUCUUCAAAUCAGCCUCACAGCCACCCCCCUGAUCAUCUAUUCGUACCUGACACAGAAGUGAGAAGGCAGAUGCUGGAAUAUGCCCGAAACACUUUCAGUGGAACUACUUCUAGGGUUAUUUUGAACAAUUUCAAGCUGAGAUGCAGAAAUCCACAGCUAGCUGCAAGAUUCACUAUUUCAAGAAUGCAUGCCCCACUUUACAGGGCUCGCAGUGAAGCAUUUCCCUGUAUACCAAAUACACUUUUGCAUUUAGGAAUUCUAGUGGGCCUUCCUAAUCUACGAGGCAUUUGCCGAACUGUGGAUAACCAAGACAUUAUUUUUCGUGGAGUUGUUGGAAAUCCCAGGCUGGGUACGGUUUCUGUAGUUUUUGUAUCACUUCGCAUGCUGCGAUUCUUGCAGAGUCGCAAAAAUUUGCAUGUUGAUGGUACAUUUAAAAAGUGCAGCCGUAAACCUAAAAUGAGGCAAAUGUUAAAUGUGGUGACGAACUUUGGAGGAACGGUUGUAGCGGUUGUGAGAGUUCUUAUGCAAUCUAAGAGAGAAGCAGCAUACCAGACACUUUUCUCAUAUCUGAAGACUUUGUGCCCUCGGCUGAACCCAGACCGUAUCCAUUGUGACUUUGAAAGGGGUAUGAUGAAUGCUCUAGCUAUGGUUUUUCCACAUUCCCUGAUUGUAGGAUGCCUUUGGCAUUACAGUGUUGCAUGCAGUUCUCAAGCCAGAAUCUUGGGAUUGUCAAGACUUGCUAUAGAUGAAGAAGUUGUGGGGGAAUCUCUGAGGUGUCUGUGUGCAGCCCCAUUACUGCCAAGUAAUCUUAUAUGGGAUGGUGUCCUCGAAAUCUGGCAGGAAGUUGUGGAAGAAGGGUGGGACCAGGAUCUUCGACAACUAUUUGAGUACUUUAGAACAGAGUGGCUCCCUCGUCGCAUUGAGCUCUCAGUUUACAACUGCCCAGAAAGAACAAACAACUGCUCAGAGUCUGAUAACCAUGCUAUAGCUAGUGUGCUGCAAAGAAAUCAUCCCAAUAUAUGGAGUUUAAUCAGAGGAUUUGUGAAGCUGGAAUACUUAGCUAUAUCUGAUGUGAUUGCAACACGGGAUCCAGAAGUGCUAACUGUGAAUCGUGCAAGAAGUUGGAGGACCAUCUCGACUGACCAACAUGUCGAAAGAAGCACAAGGCUUCUUGAAAGUGGUGACAUAUCUCCAGGAGAAUUCCUUCAUCGUGUCUCUUGGACUGUGGUUGCAGGCGUACGACAUGGCUUGAGAUUAAGGCGCAAUGGCAAUAUUGAUGAAGACUCUGAUAGUGAUGAAAGUGACUAAAAUAACUAUCACUAUUAUAUAACUUUAAGACCUGUCCUGUUUGCAGAGCCAAAUUUUAUCAGUAUUAUCCAUUCUUUGGUUAAUGUGUAAUGUUGGUUACCUUCCAGUUUUCCAUUCACUUGCUCCAUUUUAAAGUUCAAUUCUUAUUCCUCUUGGGACAUCAUUUUCGGCUGUUUGGUUCAAAGAACUGGGUAUACCGUGAAUGAGCCGGGCACAGUACUUUGACCUAAACUUAAGUUAGAUUUUGAUGUCCCUCCAUUAGCGUAUAGUCUUUGCAACUUAAGGGUCUUGCCUUAAUUGUAAUUGUGUUUGUAGGCCACCCUGUACACAAAUAAUGUUACAUUCAUUUGAUAAUUUUUCAUAUGAUCCUGAUCAUUUGGGAUUGUUUAUUUUCUUUGGUCUUGCUUAUGACCUUUGUUUCUGUGUUUUUUUAUUCUUGGUUUUAUUUGCUGUUGCCUCUUUAUUUUCAAUCUUGGGGUUUGACUUGCUCAAUGUCUUUUCUGUCACGUUGUUACAUCUGACAUUUCUUAUUCCUUUUCGUGUUAAAACGUUUUUAGACUUAUACGCACAUAUUGGUGCAUAUUCUUAAAUAUUUUUAUGUAAUCAUCCUAUCGUUCCCUUAGGAUCUUAUCUUUGCCUUUUUAUGGGUUUUGCCUCUGUCAUUCUACCAUUUAUGACAAAUUGUGUGGGUUACAUUCCAGCUUUUAAAUUUAUUUCUUGCUGAGCUUUGCUUUAUCUUGAAGUUCAGUUCUUAUCCUUUUGGUGUGACAUCAUUUUCGGCUGUUUGGUUCAAAGAGUUGGGUAUACCGUGAAUGAGCCGGGCGCAGUGCUUUGAACUAAACUAAAGUUAGAUUUUGCUGUCCCUCCAUUAGCGUAUAGUUCUUGCAACUGAAGGGUCUUGCCAUAUUUCUUAAUUGAAUUUGUUGACCACCCUGUACACCAAUGGUGUUUCAUUCUCUGAUAAUUUUUUAAAUGAUCUUGAUCAUUUAGGAUUUGUUUAUUUUCUUUGGUCUUGCUCAUGACCUUUGUCUUGCCUUAUUUGUUAUUGUGUUUGUAGACCACCCUGUACCGAAUGUUACAUUAGUUAAUAAUUGUAGACCACCCUGUACACAUAUGGUGUUACAUUCUUCUAUAAUUUUACAUUAGAUCCUAAUCAGAGGAUUGUUUAUUUUCUUUGGUCAGAUGACCAUUGUUUUUGUGUUCUUUGAAUCUUUAAUGUGUACUGAAUUUUAUUUUAGUUUUGUCUCCUUUUUUAAAGAUUGGGGUUGACUUGCUCAAUGUCUUGAAUUUCAAUGUUGUGACUUCUUAAUAUGUUGUCUCUAACUACUUUUGUAUGUUGCAUUUUGUCUGUAAUAAAAGCAUUACUGAAAUGUGAGAAAUGCCUCUUUUUAUUAUUCAGGGGGCUUGCACUUCUGACAAUAUCGUUGCUGAUUACAAUGUUUUCUGUUUAAUUUUUAGUGUUCUAAUAAAAGGAUUCUUCACUUAAACCAAACCCCAUGAACACUUCGCUGCUCUUCCACACCAAAGAUGUAACCAAAAGAAAAAUUUGUGUAAUCUGCUAUCUUGAGCCGAGAAAACCCUUUGCCUGUUAUUCGCUCUCAAGAAAGGCCCAAGCUUCAGCUCUAUAAAAACAGUUCUAUGAACUAUACUUUUACUGGGGAUACUGGAACCCUAAAAUCAUAUGGAGCUCACAAAUGACAUCAGUCCAGAAGGUUUGUUUACCAUUAGACAGUAACACUUUAACAACUUUGAAGGCACAUAAAGGGGAAGCAAGAGUUUCUAGGAGACACAACUGUGGAAUCAACAUUUUGGAUAGCGGAAAAAAAAUAAAAAUUAUCUUUAAGUAAUUGAUACAAAGAGAUGUGAUGAAAAUAUUUUAAAAAUAAAGGAACACCAGGUGAGUUCUACUAUCAAUGCCCCAUAACCGAACCAUAGUCGUGGGGAAGCCAAUGGAUAGCGGCAAAAUACAAGUAAUGUUAAGAACGUCAAAUUUAUGUGAAGUGAUACACAUCGCCAGGAAUAGUGCCCUUAGCUUUUGGAAAGAAAUGAAUCGUAAAAGGACGAUGAAAUAACAUGCAACGUAGGUAGGUGUUGUUGUUUGGGAAAUAUGAUGUGACGUCUGCUGAAACAACAGACGACGAUCAAAUAUCUCUGAAAACACUAUGAGAAAUGUUUGUGUACUUAUAGCUGAGAAAUUUAGAGAAAAAUGUAAACAAAUUUUGACAACUCUUGCUUCCUGCAGUUUCCUUCAGACUGUAUUGGUUUCAUAUUUUGGAUAGUUGUCUUUUAAAAAAAAGACUGUUAUCGUGGAACAGAUAAGCAUUUUUAAUUCCACAAUGUAAAAAACUUUUGACGUCAACCAAAAAAAAAUAAAAAAAAAUAACUUGGUUAUGAAUCACUAAACUGUAGUUGCACUCCAUAACUGUGAUAAAUAUUUUUGCAGCAAUGAAAUGUUCAGUUGCGUUAUCAUUUUGUGUCCACCUUGCAGGAGUUUCUAAAUGUUAUGUUCUAAUAAUUAAGAUUGAUUGUGACCCUGUAUUGUUCAAGAAGUCUAUCUCUUUUUCUGAUAUCCAAAGUAAAUCUGUCUGCUGUAAGUGAAAAUUAGAAAGUUAUUGAAUGCACGUUCUGUUGCAUUGAGUAAAUAUAUGUCUAUUUUUUGCCAUCCCAUUGUAUGUUUUGUUGUAAAAUUCUGAAGUUGACAUGAAUAAAAAUCGAAACCAUUCCUGAUGAGCUUCAAAGCAGAUUUUACUUUUACAACACCUUAAUUUAACCAGUUUUGCUCAUUCAGUUGAAAAUAACCGGAUUUGAGCAGCUGUUUUCAGCAGAAUGUAAAAGCUAAUAAAUAGUUGACCCAAUGUACAACACAAAAUAAUUCAGACAAGUGCAAUAAGUUCUACAAAAUUUGAAUUCUUUUCUAGGAACAUCUUAUUGGAGAGUGCAUAUGUAACCUUUUUUGGACAGAUCAUGUGAAAUUAAGUCGAAUCGGUGAUUUCACUGUUGUCUAUUAAACAUGGUAACUAGUACUUCUAU